AUGUUGGGCCGCGCAGCCCAGAACUAUCAACCGGCCCCCAAGGCGCCCCUCGAUAAGCAGAUGUUCUCUAGCAGCCCGGUUCAAAACGGCAACAUUCAAGAGCAGUUCAUCAAACCUCGUCCCGUGGCACAAUCGAUGGCCGCUACUUUGAAGAGUUUACCAAAACCCACGAAGCCCUUAAACCCUCUUCGUCCGAGGUCACCAAACAUUCGGCAGGGGCUGAGGCAGAAGUCUGAAAGCAUGGUCUCCGUUGCACCAUCAACUGGCUUGAGCUCAAUUUUCAGCAAACAAGAUGCAUUCCAGGAUACACAGUCUACUGUUGUAUUUUCACAAAAUGCACCUGCUGGACCCUCUAAAGCCUUUGCCCCGACUCAACCCGCCGUUCAUUUCGACGAGAAUGAUUUUGAUGAUGACGCCGAAAUCGAUCUCGACUUGGACUUCGAAAUCCCCGCCUCUAUGCCGAUAAAUGCUCCACCUGGACCCUCAUCGCGAAAUCUAGAAACUCCCUUAGAAGUGGCAUCCUCUUUACCUCGAGGUCGGCGCGGUUCACCAGGCCCUUAUCCAUCUCAAAAUCACCCAAGCAGUGCCGUGACUUGGGAAUCUUCGCCGCCUUCGCAUAAAGUAACACCCCCUGGUGCGGCCGUCAAAAGACAAUGUGACGAACCUGCAGCCCGAGAGCCAGUCCAUUGUGCCUUUGAAGUAGAUCCCAACCCCCGGCCGUCGAAACGGAGGACGUUGCCAUGGGUCCAAAAGCGAGCUGAAACGGAUGAAAUCGCGGCAAGGGCAGAAGAAGAAGAUAUGUCAACCUUAGAUUCGCCUCAUUCCUCUCCAGUUAUGGUAUGCAAGAAUUGCAAAAAGCCUGGUCACAGCUCCCGUCAAUGUCCCAAACUGGGCAAGGCAACCCAUACCCCUAAGGAGAAGAGCAUGCCGUGGAAUAAUACAGGGAGUGCGGUCAGGGAGGAGAAGAAGAAGUUCAAGGAUAAGCGAAAGGCUGCUAGAAAGAUGGAUGAAGGGGCAAUAGAAGCCAUGGCAAGCCAUCAUCGUGGGAAGACAACACCUGCUAUGGCCCCUAUUUCCCUAAGCGAGGAACAGCGGAGAGUGCUUGAUCUGGUUGUCAACCAGCAGAAGAGCGCUUUCUUUACCGGUUCGGCUGGAACUGGAAAGUCGGUGUUAAUGAGAGCUAUUAUUGCUGAGCUUAGGAAGAAGUACGUUCGGGAGCCGGAUCGGGUUGCUGUUACAGCCUCAACUGGUCUGGCAGCAUGCAAUGUCGGAGGUGUUACCUUGCACAGUUUUGGAGGCAUCGGGCUUGGUAAGGAGGAUGUCCCGGCUCUCGUAAAAAAAAUCAAGAGAAACCCAAAAGCCAAAAAUCGAUGGAUUAGGACUAAAAUCUUGAUUAUUGAUGAGAUUUCGAUGGUUGAUGGAGACCUAUUUGAUAAACUGGAGGCAAUCGCACGGACUAUGCGUAACAAUGGUCGACCCUUCGGAGGAAUCCAGCUUGUGAUAACAGGCGACUUCUUUCAAUUACCCCCUGUUCCAGAGUUCGACAACAGAACCCGAGCCAUCAAAUUCGCAUUUGAUGCUGGUACUUGGUCUACCGCAAUUCACCAUACGAUUGGUUUGACCGAAGUUUUCCGUCAGAAAGAUCCAGUGUUUGCCAAUAUGCUAAACGAGAUGCGCCUAGGCAAAAUUACAGAUGAAACUGUACAAGCUUUCCGCAAAUUGAGUCGGAAGCCCAACUUUGAGGAUAACCUGGAUGCGACUGAACUCUUCCCAACAAGAAACGAGGUGGAGAACUCUAAUGCUUUCCGGAUGAGAGAUUUGGUUGGCAAAAGCUUUAGAUACGAUUCCAUAGAUACCGGAGCUAUUACAGACCAAACCAUUCGGGACAAACUAUUGUCGAACAUGAUGGCCCCAAAGGUUCUCGAAUUGAAAAAGGGAGCCCAAGUCAUGUUGAUCAAAAACAUGGACGAUGGUUUAGUCAACGGAUCUCUUGGCAAAGUUGUUGCCUUUAUGAACGAGGCUACAUUCGAAAUUUGGGAUCGGAAUCCGGAGGUUGUGAACGAGGGCCUGGGGGAAGAGCUUCGAAAUGACCGGCUCAGUCUUGCGGCCAAAUUCUCGAGCAAUAAAGACUCGAAUCCCAAUACCGGUAGAGAAUAUCCCCUGGUGCAGUUUACUCUCGCCGAUGGCACGUGCAGGGACUUGCUGGUAAUGCCAGAGGACUGGAAAAUAGAGCUUCCUAAUGGCGAAGUUCAAGCGCAACGGUCGCAGCUCCCUCUCAUCCUCGCAUGGGCGCUGUCUAUUCACAAGGCUCAAGGCCAAACUCUGGAACGGGUCAAGAUUGAUCUCAAGCGGGUUUUUGAAAAGGGCCAGGCAUAUGUUGCACUCAGUCGAGCGACAUGCCAAGAAGGCCUCGAAGUGCAUAAUUUCGACAAGUCAAAGGUCAUGGCCCAUCCUCGGGUUGCUCAAUUCUAUGACAGCUUGUAUAGCGUCAAUAAGGCGUUGCAGCAUCCUAAAGUUUCUACAAAGCCAGUGGAGACCAAGGAGCAACCUGUGAAGAGGGACAAGCGGCCGGAAUAUGACUUUGUAGAUGAAGAGGAGCUUUUGGCUGCAUAUGGCUAA